AUGAUAGAUAAAGAAAUCACACCAGAUGUGUAUACCUUCAGCAUAUUGGUUGAUGACCUUUGUAAAGAGGGGAUGGUUGCUCAAGCACAGCAUGUUGUGGAAUUGAUGAUUGGAAGAGGUCUAGAGCCUAAUACUAUACCUUACAAUGCCCUUAUGGAUGGAUUUGUUUUGCAAGGCCAAAUGAACAUGGCAUUGGAUGUAUUUGAUGUGAUGGUUGUCAGAGGUUGUUUGCCUAGUAUUUAUAGUUAUAACAUUUUGAUCAAUGGAUUUUGCAAGAGUAAAAGAAUGGAGGGAGGCAUGAAGCUCUUUGAAGAAAUGUAUCAAAAUGGAUUGAUUCCUGACACUGUGACUUUCAUAACCCUUAUAAGCGGCCUAUGCGAGGUGGGCCGGCUGCAGGAUGCACAAGCUCAUGGCCAAACUCCUAAUAUUGUAACAUACUCAACUUUGUUGGAUGGCCUAUUCAAAAACAAAUACGUUGAUGUGGCGAUGGCCUUGGGGAUUUUUGGGGACAAGAAUGAGGUUUGGAUUGUGGUCAUGGCAAAUAUUGUGAGAGAGGAUGAGGAGUUCGACGCGGUAUUUCUCGCAUUUGCACACAUUGUGGCAAGGAAAAUCAUGCCGUUGAUUGCUGUUCGUAUCUCUUUGGGAAACUAG